GCUGUACACAAGACUGAUAUUUCAUUUUUCUUAAAGGUCAUGAGCAGUGUGGUGCAGAAGAUUGAAGGACCUCUUUGGAAGAGCUCACGCUUCCUCGGAUGGCGUUCCCACUGGGUUGUAGUUGAGAAUGGAACUGUCUCCUGGUACCCUAGACAAGCUGAUGCACUGGCUGGUGUUAGGAAACAGGGCUGUAAGUCUCUUUCACAAGCCUACUGCAUGGUCAAACCAUGGGAUCACUGCUUCUUCAUGCUCAGGUGCUUCGAUGACUCUGUGCAUUAUUUUAAAGUCCCCUCGCAGACAAAUGCCGUGGCAACAAGAAAAAGAUGGCUGGAUGCUUUUGAAGAGCAUGCAUCCUACUGCACUCGCCACGACACUGAAGAGGUGAUUAUAGAUUAUGCUGCGGGUGAUGUGAGAGUGAGGAACCUUGAACAAGCGCUUCAGGCAGCCAGGGCCUUCCAGCAAAAAUUGGAGAGUGAAGUGUCAACAUUUCUGUCCAUGGCGAAGAAUGAGGAGAAUUAUGAGUUGACUGGUACACUUCUGCUGAAAGCAAAAGAGACGAGUGAACUUUCCAGUGAAACAUGCUCUGCUCUCCAUCUGUGCCUUGAACUGCUGUCAAAGCAAGAAGAGGUGUGGAGCCUGAAAGUAGAGCAGGAAGUGGAGAAGAACAAAGCUCUAACAGAAGCCUUGCAGACUUUGGCAACUGAGAACCACGAGCUCAAGCAAUCCUUGAGUAAAAGGCGGAAGUCCUCCAACCUUAGUACUCUCAAUGAAGAUGACUUCUAUGAUGCCGUGUCAGACAAGCUAAAGAUCUGGAGUGAACUAGAUUCCUUCAGCAGCAGAGGCCAGCGACUGGUGCUUGAAGGCCUGGGUGCCAGCUGA